AAAAUUCAUUGUCUAUGUCAUAGUAUUACGUCUUUGUUAUCAAAACAAAAUAACUUUUAUAGUUUAGUAAAGUGAAAUAACAAGGAAUUGUUGUGCAAAAAUGGAAUCAAAAGUGUAUUCUUCAUUAUUCGCGUUAGUCGAUAGUCAUCUUUCACAGACCAGUUUAAGAGAAAGUUCGUCAAACGAUGAUACAAAGAGAUCCUUACCUAUACCUAAUGUAAAAAGUUUAUCCCACAACGGUAGUGUUUCUGAAUCUUUCUUACAUUCGCCUAACAAACGUCUACCAAUACCUACAUUAAGUGAAAAUAACAGUCAAAUAUUAGACAAGCUAUCAGAACAGGUAGCAAAUAUGUUAAAAGCGAAAGAAAAGCGAGAGAUCGAAGAGAAACAAAAAUUGGAAGAAAAGUCGAAUAAAAUGGAAACAGACGAUCAGGAUUACGUUAUAGACUUAAUGAAGGCAUUACAAACACCAUGCGGACCAUCAAAACCAUUACCAGAAGAUCUUAGCAAAAGUAGUUCAACGGAAUCCAUAUUUGAACUUAACUUCAAUGAUUUUGAUGAAGACAUACCAACAAUAAAGCCUGAACCACUCUUACCUUGUAUAACAGAUAUGUCUUAUAUAUUAAAACAAAAGAUAAAACAUGGUAAAUGUUCUACAUUUGGUAAAGUACUAACAUCAAGAUUAAAAACCGUCCCAGCUCCAUACAUCAAAGAGAUAAUCAACUCAAAUAUAGUAAGAUUCGAUUUCAGUACAAAAUCACCUUGCGAUAUUAUUAAAGAGAAAUUAAGGAAGCCAACAUCAUCAUGUACAUCAAAUUAUAAUAUAGCUUAAAUUAUAUCAUCAUCAUCAGCUCACUAUACACUACACUAUACAUCCCCGGGGUUAAUUAGGUUAAACUAAGAUAGGGGUGACUAGGCCAUAGUCAAUCGCACUGGCCAAGUGCAGGUUGACUUCACACAUAUCUUUGAAUUUUAAUUUACUUAAUAAUUCAUAUGAGUCAACAUGAGAAAAUCUUAAAGUUUCCGAAGGGGCCAAUUCAAAGUCAAUUAUAUACAUAAAGAUAUAUAUAAAAUAGGUACUAAAUUGGUAUAUAAGCCAAUUUAACUCUUGGCACAAAAACUGUCAUCCGCAACUGUCCUGUCAAAAAAAAA